AUGGCGUCGUCUACAGGAUAUUGGUGUGUCAUUGAAAGCGAUCCGGGUGUUUUUACAGAAUUAAUCAGAGAAUUUGGAGCGAAAGGAACUCAAGUCGAAGAAUUAUGGAGUUUGGAUGAAGAUCAAUUUGAGCCGCUCAAACCUGUCCAUGGCUUGAUAUUUUUAUUCAAAUGGGUUCAAGGUGAAGAACCAGCAGGACCUAUUGUCAAAGAUAACAGAUUAGAUAAAAUAUUUUUUGCUAAACAGGUGAUAGGCAAUGUUUGUGCCACGCAAGCUAUUCUAAGUAUAUUAUUGAACUGUAAACAUCCUGAUGUAUCAAUUGGACAGAAUUUAGAAGAAUUCAAAAACUUCUGUCAAAGUUUUGAUCCUACAAUUCGAGGACUUACUUUGAGCAAUUCUGAUGUAAUCAGAGAUGCUCAUAAUAUGUUUGCAAGGCAAACAUUUUUCGAGUACGACCAAAAGCAAGAAAAUAAUGACUACGAUGUUUUUCAUUAUGUGAGCUAUGUUCCUAUUGAUGGAAGAUUAUAUGAAUUAGAUGGCCUCAAAGAAGGUCCUAUAGAUUUAGGUCCUUGUCCUACCGGAGAUGAAUGGGUUCAGGCUGCUAAACCUAUCAUUCAAAAAAGAAUCAAUAAAUACAAUGAAGGAGAAAUUCGCUUUAAUUUGAUGGCGAUUGUUUCUGAUCGAAAAAUGCUUUAUGAGAGACAAAAAAUGAACACUUGUGAUCCAGCAGAAGUUGCACGACUAGAAUCGCUGAUUGAAGAUGAAGUCAACAAGUCUAAAAGAUAUAAGAUUGAAAAUGCGCGACGUAAACAUAAUUAUCUUCCUUUAAUUGUCGAAUUGUUAAAAGUACUUGCAAAAGAAGGUAAACUUGUACCUCUUUAUCAGAAAGCUAAAGAACGAGCAAUUGAAAAACGAUCAAAGAAGAGUAACGUUUGA